GAUGAUUCAAGAUGAUUCUUCCUUUGGUCAUCUAGCCACAGAUGACGGUGCAGAAAGAUCAUUCAGAAGAUCAAGAUUCAGUUGAUCUUUCUUCCCUCUUCAUCUUUAAAUUUUUGUUCUGCAUCUGUUUUGAGCAAAUUCUCAGGAAGCAGCUGCGACAUACCGUUCAUCUUGAAACUGAAUCUCAGGAAGCAAGUGAGCAGCCACGAACCCCAACCCUCGACAAGGCUUUACAAAAAUUGUGUAGUAUCAUUCACCAGGUGAUUAUUUUUAGUUCUUCUUUCUAUGGAUUAAAGAAUCGUUUUGAGAGAGCGCCACCUAUUUUUGUAAUUUUUGACAUUGAGUAAAAGAUCAUCCAUGAUUCGGAAACCUAUAAAGUAAAAAAAGCAAGUGGUAAGUGCAUUGGAAGCGUAGAGCGUCGUGGAUUUUGCGACACGAAUGAAUUUAUUUGUUAAAUCAUCUCCAAUUUCCUGGAUAAUUGCAGUGUUGAGUCAUUUGCCGUUCUUACUUGUCACUGCAGGUUGUCAGUUUUGAAGUCUCGUUGAAUAUCCUUCGACGACUACUCCACUAACUAAGGAGCAUCUGGAAAGUCGUCCCCUUCUGUAUUGGAAUCCCCCUUGAUGUUCGUUCUCUUUGCAGCAGACUAGAAGACUAGUGUGACUGCCUUUCUUAGUGUCCCCUAACUACACGUCCAGUAUAUAGCCAAAGUACUAGUAAACCUUAACUUGAAAAUUAGUAGUUCUACUUAGUUGUGUCUCCCCUGACUCUGGUUACAGGUUCUUUAUUUUUCGAUUUUAAUACAGAUUCAGGAAAAAUGGCUGAGCAGGUGCUGCAAAAGGUUAACGCGUACUGCGAAAAGAUACCAGUGUUGCAGAAGGUUGCAACGCAGUGCGGCGUAAAACCCGCACUAAUCGUUUGCGUCGUCGUCGCUUUCUUCGUCCCCUUCCUGCUUUUUGGUGAGUCAAUAUUUUUGGUUGGCAGUGAUAGCGAAUCCUAUUCUGCGGCUUCACGGCAGCUAAGUACAUAGAACGAACUGGGUUGAUGCGUCUAUCUUUUCGUGGUUCCGUGAAAAAUCGAAAUGGAUGAAUACAAGGAUCCGAUUCAUUUUCACCAACUUACUUUUGAUGUGCAUAAUGAUCCGUGUUUGUAGUUUGUUGAAGUUUAUUGUCAUGCGACAACAGGUAUCGGCAGUUCGACAAUUUCGCUGAUUGUGGGCGGAAUCAUACCCGGAUACAUGUCCUUUAAGGCAUUAGAGGCGAAGGAUGACGAAAGAAUACGAUUUCUUAUGCAAUACUGGGUAGUCUACAUGAUCGUCGAAGUUCUCGAAGUUUUCGCCGACUUCCUGCUCUUCUGGAUACCAAUGUACUGCUUCUGUGAUUUGUGCUUUAUUUUUUUCUGAAGAUUGUUGAACAAUGAAUAUGCAUUAGUUUUGUUUGCACCAUCUACUUGUAAAGUAGGAGCGAGUAGAUCAUGAUGAAAGAUUUUGAUGACCUUCUAAAAACACGCCUGAUCUUUAUAAUACCAAUUCUCUUUUACAACUACAAAAAUCAUGAUCACCCCGUCCGCUGAAAUUUUACAACUACAAAAAUCAUGAUCACAAAAUGUUUCACCGCGUGAACUUGAGGUAUUACCUGUUGAAGGUGGGUUUCGUCUAUUACCUUCUUUCUGGGAAAUUUCGUGGUGCGGAGCGCGUAUAUUCGCUUUUACAGCCGCAUUUGCAGAAGGUAGCACCAACUUUAGAUGACAUAAUGGAAAACAGCGCGUCCCUGCUUUCCAACAGUGCAGCUGCCGUUGCAGGCAUGCAGGAAAAAGACAAAUGAUGAAAGGACGUCGUGCUGGGUACACCAUCGUCAUCAUGUGCCCGCGUUGUACCAGCAACCACGGCAUGGAGGUGGUGGUUUAGGUUUCUGAAAGACACCGGUGCCGUUCAUUUCUGCGUCGGAAUUUCAACUUUGUGGCUGUUUUCUUGACAUUGCACGAGCUUCCAGGGUGCUGGUUCAAAUUGAGAAAGGAAUGAAUGCUGCCACACACAAUCGAGGAGAAGAGCCUUUUUCAAAAUAUAUGGGUGGAGGAGACAUCGGACAUACGGCUGUCAUCGAAAAUGACGCGAAAAAAAAUUGAAGGCACAGGUUGACGACAUCUUCAAAGACAAGGCUGCUUUCGGAUUCCCUUCAGAUUUGGUAGGCGAAAAACUCACUUUUGUACAUCUAAUGAAUUUUUACAGAGCACCUACUAUGUCAUAGUCAUACCGACUGGGAGGGCAUGGAUUUCUUUGGCUGUAUACAGUACAAUGCUGAAGAAGCUGUACUGUUGAUGCAAACACAAUCUUUACACAUAUAAGUCGACAUAGUGGAUGUUGGCUGAAACAGUUUUACAAAAUGUAGCAAGAUUGAGCUAAUUCUGGACGCCAUCAGCAUCAGCAUUCGCUAGGAUGCUCUUCUUAUAAGAGAAUUGUUCAACAUCAAUGUCUGGGUCUGCAACAAAUCUGUAGAGCGGAUGAGAGGCAGUCAUGGUUGAUAUGACGGUUGCGGUUCAUGAAUGAUCGAAAUCAUGCUCGCUUUUUGUG